GGAAAUUAAGCCAUAGUUGGGUCUAUAAGGGCUGACGGGCCAAGUCACACUCGUCAAAGGCGCGUUUCAACGCAAGUCCCGACUAAUAACACAACGUGAAUUCCUGUGGACGUGUUAUACCAUUGGUCGACAGUCUGUGUUCUAACGCGCGUUUGACAAGUGUGAAUGGGCUAUAAGCAGUGAAACAAAGCAUCAGUCCAAUCAGUCCAAAAUCUGUGCAAUUGCAAAACGUGAAAAUUUGAGUAUUUACAUUUUGAUAAUAUUUUAUAAAUUUUAGCAGAUGUUAGUAUAUUCAUCGCGUCAAGAUGCACGACGCUUACGAAGCUAUAACUAUUUUAAAAUUGUCUGUCCAGAUUGAAUCUAUGGCAGCUUAUGAUGACAACUUACUUAUUGGAACAAGGGAAGGUCAUUUGUUAAUGUAUAAUGUUCCACCAAAGUUGGAUGAUAAUCAUAAGUUGGAGCUGUUACGGUACAGCAAAAAUUUUAGCAAAAAAAGAAUUGUACAGGUUGAUGUUGUACCAGACUACAAUUUGUUGAUUCUUCUCACAGAUAGUAUAGUAUGUGUUCACGAUCUGUCAUCACCAAAUAUUCAGCAAAUGUGUCAGCUACCGAAAACACGUGGAGCAACACUGUUUGCCUUAGAUGUGCAGCAGACUCAAAGUUUGACAGGAGAAAAAAAUACUGUCGUCCGCUUGUGUGUUGCAGUAAAACGCAAACUACAAUUAUAUUAUUGGAAAGGCAAAGAGAAUCAGUUUAAAGAUUUUUGUAAUGAAUUAACAGUCCCUGACAUUCCACGUGAAUUAUCAUGGUGCGGAGAAACAUUAAUAUUAGGUUUUCGUGGAUUAUCGUACACUCUGUUGGACUUUGAUCGAACAAGCACAGAAUUAUUUCCAACUGGAAAAUCACCAGAGCCCAGUAUUACAAAGCUAUCUGAUUCUUCAUUUGCUCUAGGCAAAGAUUCACAAUCUAUUAUAAUGAAUACCAAGGGAGAAUUAAUUCAGCACAAUUCUAUCAAAUGGUCGGAUUCACCCAGUGCCAUAGCUUGGGAUGAUCCAUACCUUCUUGGAAUUGUUCACGACACGUUGGAGGUAUAUACAUUAGAAGGUUGCUUACAGAUUCAGACAAUACCUGAUCUUAAUAAAGCUAGAUUAAUAUUCAGAUGCAAACAAGGCAUAGUUUACAUAGCAUCAAUGAGUCAAGUCUGGUGUAUAAGGGCUGUCGAUGUUGCUCAACAGAUCAGAACGAUUCUGGAACAAAAUCAAUUUCAACUUGCCUUAAAACUAACGAGUUUAUCUGAUAUUACAGAAGAGGAGAAAUCAAAAAAGAUAUACAAUAUCCAAACCUUGUAUGCACAUCAUCUUUUCUGUAACAAAAAGUUCCAAGAGGCAAUGGAACAAUUUCUUAAACUGGGUACAGAUCCCUAUGAAGUAAUAAGAUUAUUUCCUGAUCUAGUACCUCAGUCAACGAAUGCAAAUGAAAUUAAUGAGCCGAUAACAGGUUUACCAAAACUUGAAGAUAGAGACCUUGAAAAUGGUUUACUAGCUUUGAUUGAGUUUCUAACUGAGGUCAGGCAUAAACUAAUGGGGGACACUAAAACAAAGGAGAAAGAUAAAAAUGGAAAAAUUGGGGAAAGGGAAUUAGUACAAGGUGAAAAGACAAAAAACAUGACUGCAGUUGCAACGGAACAACUUCUAAAAAUCAUUGAUACUACUUUGCUCAAAUGUUAUUUACAGACUAAUGAUGCAUUAGUAGCACCGUUGCUACGCCUGAAUCACUGUCACUUGCCAGAAGCUGAAAAGACGCUUUUAAAGCAUCAAAAGUAUCCAGAAUUAAUAAUCUUAUAUCAAACCAAAGGACAACACAAAAAAGCUUUGGAAUUAUUGGAAAAACAAGCGAGAGAAAGUGAUUCUAGUCUUAGAGGCACAGAAAGAACGAUUCAGUAUUUACAGCAUCUUGGCAAAGAUCACAUAGAUCUGAUACUAAAAUUUGCGGGAUGGGUACUGGAGCAGGAUCCCGAGCAAGGCCUUCGUAUAUUCAUGGAAGACGUUCAGGAAGUAGAACAUCUACAAAGACCAAAGAUUCUAGACUAUCUUCUUCGCUGUCAUAAAGAUCUAGUGAUAACUUAUUUAGAACACGUGGUGCAUCUCUGGGAGGAUACCAAUCCUUUGUUUCACAAUGUUUUGGUACAUCAAUAUAAAGAAAAGUGUUUAACGUCUAUGAGUGCAGAUGCAACACCAGCUGAGAAACAAAAUGCUCAGCACAUUAGACAAAAGUUGCAACAGUUUUUGGAAAAGUCACAAUACUAUACACCAGAAACGGUCUUAGCUCAUUUUCCAUUUGAUUCUCUUUUUGAAGAACGUGCCAUAAUUCUUGGUCGUCUCGGACGUCAUAAGCAAGCUAUAUCUAUUUAUAUGAAUUUAUUAAAUGACAUUCCCAGAGCAAUUCAGUAUUGUAACAAUGUAUAUGCAAGAUUUCAAAAUCAGACAAAUGCAGACAAGGUUAAGCAGCAACACGAUGGUGUUGAUGAAGUAUACGUGACGCUAAUACAGCAAUUGUUAAAACCAGAUAAUGAAGGUGUUUUAAUGGCAGGAUGCAGUUCAAAAAUUCAAAAAACUGCACAACCAGAUUUGGAAACAGCAUUGGAGCUGCUCGAAGAGCAUGCAUCUAAAAUAAAUCCCUUGAAGGCACUAGAGGUAUUACCGGAUAGUGUUCCAAUUGGUAGAAUAAGACAUUUUUUAGAAGCUAGCUUGCAAAAUAAUUUAAAUGAAAAGCGGCGUACUCAAGUUCUCAAAGGUUUACUGUAUGCAGAGCAUCUGCAGGUCCAAGAGCGACGUAUGCAUUAUGAAUCUCAAAGUGUCCUCAUGACAGAAUUCAAUAUAUGUCCUGUAUGUAAAAAAAGAUUUGGCAACCAAAGCGCAUUUGCAAGAUAUCCCAAUGGCGACAUAGUGCAUUAUUCUUGUCAGGACCGCAGAUCGUAACGCAUCAAGCAUCCCAUAAUCCAUAUACAUAUAUACGUAUAAGUAUCAAGGCAGUAUCGUUAAAAGAUCACUAUACGUAAUAGACUGCAGUUUGUAUAACUUGUUAUAAGAAUUGAUCGUCAUAAUAAGAAUGUGUACGGUAUUAACACUUUAUACUCGUAGUUUUAUUGACUUAUUAGGUAUAAAAGAAUAAAUAUGCUUUUAUACAGUGAAAAACUAAUAUAUAAAUAGUCUUGCUGUUCUAGAAAACAAGCCAAGAGAUUAUAAUUAAAUAAACGACAUAGAAAAAAAGGAGAA